AAGGUUUUACUGGUUAUCUCUCUCCCAGUUUGGUUUUUGAAGUAGCUUAUUUACAUGUUCUACAUUUUUGUAGCCCAAACAUGUGAUUUCCUUUUUAUAUUUUGUGAAGCCAACAACUUUUCUUAGAAGUCAUUCCAAAAACAAUUGAUCUAUGUCGACUGUGUACCGGAAGUUGGCAAUAUGCGGCGGUGAAGGAGGAAGUGAAUGGGACGAUGAUGUAUACGAAGGUGUAAGAAAAGUCUAUGUAGGGCAAGAUCUCAAACGUAUCACUUACAUCAAAUUCGACUACGUGAAGGUUGAUGGCCAAGUAGUAACACGUGAAUAUGGGACAAAAGAUCAAAACCCAAAAGAGUUUAUUGUAGCUCAACAUCCGGACGAACAGAUCAUAGCGGUGGAGGGAAGCUACAACAAAGUGGGUCUCCUUGGCACGGACGUGAUCACAUCUCUCGUAUUCAAGACUUCAAAGGGUAGGAAGUCUCCAACGUUUGGCCCAAACUUGCUCGGACUUGUGAAUGGUACAAAGUUCGAGUUUGAGGAUCCCGGAAAGAAAAUCGUAGGGUUUCAUGGACGUGCGGGUGAUGCUCUCGACGCCAUUGGAGUUUACUUUGUAAUUAACUCUCUCCCACCUUCAUUGUCUCCUAUUUACAAGCUGGAUGCUCAAGGUGGUACAGAGGGACGUGUUUGGAAUGAUGGCUCUUUCGACGCGGUUAAAAGGCUGCGCAUUGGUCAAGAUAAUGUUCGUAUCACUUAUUUAGAGUUCGAGUAUGCCAAAGGUGGCAAGUCAGAGCAACUUCACCAUGGAGUGAAAGGAGGAACACCAUCCGAGUUUGUGCUUGAUUUCCCGGAUGAAUACAUCAAAUCGGUGGAAGCAACCUAUGAUAAGCCAAACCUUUUUCAAAAUACCGUCAUCACAUCGCUUACCAUCAAAACAUCAAAAGGAAGAACAUCAUCCUUUGGGUAUACAAAGGGAAAGAAGUUUGUUCUUGAGCAAAAGGAUUGUCCCCUUGUCGGAUUCCAUGGAAAAGUAGGUGACGCUAUUGAUGCUCUAGGAGCAUAUUUUGCACCUUUGGUACCAGCCAAGAAACUACCAUCGGUAGGCGGCAACGGAGGAGUUGCAUGGGAUGAUGGUGUUUACGACGGUGUAAGGAAGAUAUACGUAGGACAAGGUAACGACGGUGUAUCCUUUGUGAAGUUUGAGUACACUAAGGGAACAGAGUUGGUAUCUGGAGAUGAACAUGGGAAGGCGACAAUACUCGGAGCUGAAGAGUUUGUUCUUGAGGAUGGUGAGUAUCUCACGGCCUUGGUAGGAUACUAUGAUAAGAUCUAUGGAGUGGAUGAACCAGCUAUUAUCUCACUUCAGUUCAAGACGAACAAAAGGGAGUCAAUUCCGUUUGGAAUGAGUGCGGGUGAGAAGUUCACUCUCGGGGAGAGUGGCCACAAGAUCGUCGGGUUCCACGGACAAGCUAGUGAUGUCAUCCACAGUGUUGGAGUCACUAUCGUGUCCAUCACCGAGUGAAAUAAGCCUUCAAUUGUCUUAAUAAACCAGCCAGUCAUGUCGGUUGACGAUGAAUAUACCUUUCAAUAAGGCAUGUGUGUGUUCUUUUGUAUUUCGCUCAAUGUGAUUUUAUUCCUAUAAACUCCUUUUCUCCUCUAUUAGAUGAAUGGAGUGAAAAUUGGAGGGUGCAAAUGGUUAUAUGAAUAUCUAAUAGUUCUGGCAUUGCUUUACUGA